UCACCACCAAAUUUAAUUAGGAUUCGAAAAUAUGUCCAGAGGACGCGGCGGUGGACGAGGUGGUGGAAGGGGUGGCUUUCGAAGUGGUGGUGGCUUAGGUGCAGGAAGCAUGCCUCCUAUGGGUCUCACAUUUGCAGACAUACAAGCUAUGUCCAGGGAAGGAGACGCGUUGUACCCACCAUUGGAUCCCCUGCCUGUUCUCACCGAUUACUCUGCAGACGAGAAACGAGUUUGUGAUCUGCAAAUUGGUUUUGUUACCCGUUUACGGCAAUCAGCCUACUAUGUAGUCGAAACGUCGAAGUCAAACGACUUGGAGCGUUAUUCUGAUAAAUAUCGCCAGAGUCCUGCUUCUCAACCUAUACUGAAGCGGAAGGACCUUCAUGCACCCUUUUUUCCCUUAGAGAUAUUUGAGGGCUAUUUCAAUCCGAAAAGAAAACGCAAAGUUGACAAGAAAGGCGCCACAAAACGCCUUAAUCUUGAUGACUUAGCGGAGGACGCCGAGGACCAAGAGAAGUCGGGGGAUGAACGCUCAGACGCUGGAUCACAGCCAGUUGACUCUGACUACGACGUCGAUGAGGAAUAUGACAAUGAUUAUGCGGAGAAUUAUUUCGAUAACGGUGAAGGAGAUGAUAUGGACGGUCUUGGAGACGGCGGCGGCGGAGAUGAUGGAGGUGGUGGAGGCGAUUAUGACUAGGAGAGCACGUCUGUGCAUCUCCCUAGAACAAAAGGACCUGCGAUGCAGAGACCUAGUUAUUAUCAGCAUUCUCACUGCUUCAUCUGGUUUCGACAGUGCUGCAUGUGCCCGCUCGACAACCCUCUAAAAUGCGCACGUUGCCUUGGACCUGUAGACUCAAAGCUCAAGGGGAAAUCAGUUCAACCCGAAUUUUUAUUUUGUGGGUUCUGCAUUAACCACUCUUACAUGUGCGCAAUACGAUAUGGAUUUCUUAAUAAUGAGCCUCAGCUGCGUCUGUGGUGUGAAGGCUUGGUGUGAAUAGGUGGAUUGCUCUCGAAUAUACUCACCCUGGCACAAAAUACUCGGGGGACCUUCGCAUGUGCGCGGACAGUUCGAGACCAGACGUUGCUCCUUACAGUCUCGUUCUGUGUUAUGAUCUGCAGGACGGUCACCCACUUUCGGUAUGCUCAAUGUAGUUAUCGAUGCCGGCACAAGUUGAC